AUGAGGCUAAUUUCACGAACAGCACCUCGGGGGAUUCAGAGAGCACUGUUAACAGUUCCGAUGAAAUAUGUACCACAGUGUCUUCAGCACUGGAAACUUAUUCCAGUAAGUUAUCCUGGAAUGUGUCCGAAGCUGGCCCUAACAAAUCAAAGAGCAAGGCGUCCUCACGGGAUGUUUUAUCUCAUCACACCACUAUGGAGGAAGUUCAGUGCAGAGACGUCAACAUACAAGGUGAAAUUAUCGGUUCAUCUCUCCCACAAACCUCACCUCAGGAGGACCUCAGAGGACAGCCCCACAGCAUGUCUACUGCUGGUCGGAGAGGUGAAAGGAGCAGCUCAUCUCUCCUACAAACUGCACCUCAGGAGGACCUCAGAGGACAGCCCCUCAGUGUUGCUACAGCUGCUUCAAAGAACAACAUGACCUCACAAGAUAGAUCAACUCCAUUCUCCAGCAAGGAGGCCCAGGAUGAGGGUCCGAUUGUACAAGAAAAAGACCUCAGCCCAUCCUCCCCAGAAACAUCCCAGGGACACCUCAGUGGCCGGAGACAGACUGCACCCAGAGCCCCCUUUAGAAAGCGGAUUUGGAAGAGCCUACAGAGCAGGAUUAUAAAAGGCCUGAGAAGUUUAUGUUGCUGCAUACCAACAGAAAAGAGGGAGCGCCUAGGCUGCAACAAAAUCCUGCCUGUGACCUUAGAGGACCAUGGAGGGAGCCAAGGUAACAGUGCUGUUGGAGGCACUGUGCUCCCCCAAAGCUGAAACCAGAGAGUGAAGAGCAGCAUGCUGAGGAUGCACAGGGCCGCUGGAGAGAGCCAGGUAGGA